AUGAUAGGCAUUUCCAAGAUUUCCAUAGGCCCUUCCUUUUCCAGCUUUGUUUCCCACUUCUUUUGCAAUUUGUGGACGACGCUCAUGAAAAGGAAUGGCAUAAAAAUUCUACCAAGUAAACUUUAUGCGUAUGUGCAUUCUCUCAACCAAUAUUCGUUAGCGAUUUCAGUGCGUCCCGAAGAUGUUCCACUUUGUGGAUUUGGGAGUUUAGUCGUGAUUAAAAUCCUGGGAGGACGAUUUCGAUCAGUGUUGCCAAGCAGUUUGACUCAUCCAGGAGCAUUUGCUAGAAAGUACAUUCCAGCUAAAGGGCAGGAUUAUGCAUCUGCUGCUGAAAAAUUAAAGAGACUUCGUUUGUUAGGAAGGAAACAUGGCUGCUAUUCCUGUGGAAGGCGAUGGUGGACGUCUUAUGUUGGGGAUCAUAUGCCCCUAAAUAAGUUGGUCAGAGGAGGACAACAGCAAAGAUUUUAUCCACACUGCACUCACUGCUCAAAUUUACCAGAAGCAGCUUUGUCAUCCCUGUCAAGACUGCGACGUAUCAAAACCCAUGGCACAUCUUUGAGGCUCUAUCAUUUAUGGUUACCAUUACCACUUCCAAUGGCAGUUCUUAGGAACUACAACGAUGAAAACUGUCGCUCAAAAGAGCCAGAUAAAUGCUCUGUUUCAAAACAGGUUAAUGAAGACUCUGGUUCAAAAGAGGUCAAUAAAGGCUCUGGAAUUGCAGAUCAAAACAAAGAUGGAUGUUUCCAUACAAUCCUUAAUGUACCUAAAAUGAAAUAG